GGCAAUCAAGUUUGCCAGAAAAAUGGAGGGCAUGGAAUAUCUCUACGUUCCUGGCCUUCCAGAACUUGUACCACUUGAAAUCGGCCUCACACUUAUGGCAAACAAGGGUCCCAGCUCACCCAACAUAAUCGAUCUGCUGGAUUGGCAGGACUUUCCAGACCAUUAUAUAAUGGUCCUGCAGCGCCCUUCACCAUGCCUGAGUGUGUUUAAGCUGUUGGAGAGCUGUGGCAACAUCUUUGAAGAAAGGUUUGCUCGGUAUGUGAUGCGCCAGGUUAUCGAGGCAGCUGAGACCUGCUGCCGGCGCGGAGUAUUCCACAGAGAUAUAAAAUUGGAGAACUUGAUCAUCAACACACACACCAUGGAUGUCACACUGAUUGACUUCGGCUGUGGGAACCUGUUCCACGAAACAGAGUACCACACUUUUAGUGGUAUGUACAGUAUUAAAACUUUAGUGUCAUGACACACAAGCUGCUGA